CGUUGGCGCCCAGGAGGCUGAGGAGGCACGGUGACACUCGACGGCCCUUGCCGGCGGAGACGGUCGCCAGGCCGGGGUGUGCUGCGCUGCAGGUGGGGCAGGUCGGCGGGAGGCCGCGGUGUCUGUCUUCUCCUAUUCUUAAAUGAAGUCAAAAUGCCAGUGAGACCAGACCUCCAACAGUUAGAAAAGUGUAUUGAUGAUGCUUUGAGAAAAAAUGACUUCAAGCCUUUGAUGACACUUUUACAAAUUGAUAUUUCUGAAGAUGUGAAGAUUAAAUGCAGCAAACAAUUCCUCCGCAAGUUGGAUGACUUAAUAUGCAGGGAACUUAAUAAAAAGGAUAUCCAAACUGUUUCAAACAUCUUGAUAUCUAUUGGAAGAUGUUGCAAGAAUAUCUUUAUAUUGGGACAAGCUGGACUUCAAACCAUGAUAAAACAAGGAUUAGUCCAAAAGAUGGUUUCCUGGUUUGAAAAUUCCAAGGACAUUAUUCUGAGUCAACAACAAUCAAAAGAUGAAGCUGUUAUGAAUAUGAUAGAAGACUUAUUUGAUCUUUUGAUGGUCAUAUAUGACAUCAAUGAUGAAGGUAAAAACCAAGUAUUGGAAAGUUUCAUACCUCACAUCUGUGCCCUGGUUAUUGAUUCAAGAGUGAAUUUUUGCAUUCAGCAGGAGGCUUUAAAAAAAAUGAAUUUGAUGCUUGACAGAAUACCUCAAGAUGCCAACAAAAUACUCUCUAAUCAAGAAAUAUUAACUCUCAUGAGUAAUAUGGGAGAAAGGAUUUUAGAUGUAGGAGAUUAUGAAUUACAGGUAGGCAUUGUGGAAGCUUUGUGUAGAAUGACCACAGAAAAACGGAGACAAGAACUGGCAUAUGAAUGGUUUUCAAUGGACUUUAUUGCUAAUGCAUUUAAAGAAAUUAAAGACUGUGAAUUUGAAACAGAUUGCAGAAUAUUUCUCAACUUAGUAAAUGGCAUGCUUGGUGAUCGAAGAAGGGUCUUUACAUUUCCUUGCUUGUCAGCAUUUCUUGGUAAAUAUGAGCUUCAGAUACCAUCAGAUGAAAAACUUGAGGAAUUCUGGAUCGAUUUUAAUCUUGGGAGCCACACUCUGUCAUUCUACAUUGCUGGAGAUGACGAUGAUCACCAAUGGGAAGCUGUCACUGUGCCUGAAGAAAAAGUUCAGAUGUACAACAUUGAAGUGAGAGAAUCAAAGAAGUUACUGACUCUAACUUUGAAAAAUAUAGUAAAAAUCAGUAAAAAAGAAGGAAAAGAGUUACUUUUGUAUUUUGAUGCAUCAUUAGAAAUCAUCAAUGUGACUAAGAAAAUUUUUGGUGGAAAUAAGUAUAAGGAAUUUACCAGAAAACAAGGUAUUUCAGUUGCCAAAACAUCUAUUCAUAUACUUUUUGAUGCAAGUGGAUCACAGAUUCUAGUACCAGAAAGUCAACCAUCUCCAGACAAAGAAAACCUCAUUCAUCUAAAAGAGAAAUCUAACCUCCAAAAGAAACCUGUAAACCCUCUAGAACUAGACAACAGCAGCAGCCAGGAUAACAGGAAAAACAGCCAGGAUGAGAUCACUACACCUAGCAGAAAGAAAAUGUCUGAAGCAUCAAUGAUUGUUCCCGAUACAGACAGAUACACUGUGCGAAGUCCAAUACUCUUAAUCAACACAUCAACACCACGAAGAAGUAGGGUGCCACUGCAAGCAAUAAACUCUUCUGAGAAAGCUGUUUCUAAAACAUCAGAAAGUGGAGUGGAUUAUGCUGUGUCUCUCAAAUCUAGACAAUCUGAUGGAAGAAAUGGAUGGAAUAAUAAAGCCAAUCAUAACAAAACUACUCCAGUCAUAGAAAACAAAGAAUAUGAGAACAAUGGAUCCCCAGACCAACAUUUCAAUGAAACUGAGGAUAUUCUCUCUGAUGCAUAUGCAGUGGAAAAUGUAAACAAGCCUGAAUUACCUGGUAUUUUAGACAACUCAAAAAAUAAAGCACAUUCCAGAUGGGCAUGUUGGACACCUGUAACAACUAUCAAACUCUGCACUAACCAGAGAACCCAUGCUUUACCAGGAGACACUUUUACCCAAGAUACUGGUGUCAACAAAAAGUGCACUAAACAAAAAUCAGUAUCUGAUGAUGAUUCUGAAGAAACACAACAGGUAAAAUACAGAAAAAAUGUAAUCAAGUGUAACAAGUCAGAUGAAGCAGAAGUUUGUGAAAGAGACAUUCAAGAACAAAAUCAUCCUAAAUAUUCACAAAAGAAAAAUACUGCAAAUGCAAAGAAUGAUUGGUGUAUUGAAUCUGAAACUACUUAUAAAUCAGUACUCCUAAAUAAGACAACUGAAGAAUCACUCAUCUAUAAGAAGACAUGUGUAUUGUCAAAAGAUAUGAAUACAACUAUCUGUGAUAAAAGCCCUUCUAGAAAAAGCAUGAGUCAUACAAAAUCAAGAAAAGAACUGAUGUCUGAACUUACUUCAUGUGAGCUAGAAGAAAUACCAGUGAGAGAAAAUUCAAAAGGGAAAAGAUUUACUGGUGCAACAGGAUCCUUGAUAAACCAAAUUAAUAACAGGUAUAACUCAAGUGAUGGCAUGUUAUCAACAGGAAGACUGAAGGAGCCUCGGGAUCACAGUAGGUUUUCAAAGAAACCUGACCUGCAGUUCAACAAGGUUCAGCGAAAGAGUUACAGAAAACUGAAGACGACUGUGGUUAAUGUUACUUCUGAAUGUCCAUUGAAUGAUGUAUAUAAUUUCAGCUUGAAUGGUGCUGAUCAGCCUGUUAUAAAACUUGGAAUCCAAGAAUUUCAAGCUACAACUAGAGAAGCCAGUAUAGAUAAUUCACUAAAAAUGGUAGAUGUAAGGAAUCAUGAUGAACAUGACCCUUCUCUCAAAACAAAAGAUAAAAGAACGUUAAGUCAUGAGAAGAAAACUCUCUUCAGUGACACUGAAACAGAAUGUGGAUGUGAUGACAGCAAGACUGACAUUAGCUGGCUAAGAGAACCAAAAUCAAAAAGACUAAUGGAUUAUAGUAGAAAUAAAAAUACAAAAAAAUAUAAAAGUAGAAAAUCAAGAUCAUCCAUGGAAAAGGGACGGCCAAGAUCCACAAUGGUACUCAAUAAAAACAUUACAAAAAAGGAUUAUGAAGUAAUUGUAGAUGGGAGAACCAGGCUUCCACGAAGAGCAACAAAAACAAAAAAAAAUUACAAAGAUCUCUCAACUUCAGAAUCGGAGCCAGAGAGUGAAAAAGAUUGUUCAUAUUUGUUUAAAGAUAAACUGCCAAAAAAGGAGGAGACUAUCCAUUCCAGAGCCCAAGCAAAGAAACUGCCCAAGAAAGUCUUCAAUACAGAAGCACUGAAAAGACAGGCAUCAGAGGAACAGAAAAACUCAUCUAAGCUGGGAGAUGGGAGAGAAGACAGUCUGUACCUGUCUUCUGCAUCUCUGUCUGGGAGCUCAUCAUCUGUGGAAGUGAUGCGAUGUACAGAGAAAAUAACAGAAAGGGAUUUUACUCAGGACUAUGACUACAUCACAAAAUCUCUUUCACCUUAUCCAAAAGCUGUGUCACCUGAAUUCUUAAAUGGAAACAAUAGAGUUGUAGGUUGGGAAAAAUCACCCAGAAUUAAUGAGACCAGUGCAGUAUGUGUGAGAAAGAGUUGCUCACCUUCAGGACUGCCCUUUUUGCCCAGACACACUCCGACCAAGAAUAAUUCUAUUGUGAAUACGAAAAAUACAAAUUCAGUGAUAAAUAAUCAAAGAAACCAACAUUGUAACAGCUAUUCAGAUGUAAGCAGUAAUAGUUCAGAGAAACUUUAUAUGGAACCUGAAUCUCCAGAUAGCUGUGAAAACCAUAUGCAAAGCAAGAUAAAGGAAAAUCAUGCAGCAUCUCCAUUAUCAUUGUCUAGUGAAAAAAUAGAAAAAUUAUGGUUUGACAUGCCCAGUGACAAUACUCAUGUAUCAGGUCCUAGUCGACGUGGUAGCAAAAGGCGGAUGUACCUAGAAGAAGAUGAGCUAAGUAAUUCCAAUGAAGCCGAAGUAGAAGAGGCAGAAGAAAGGGAACAUUUGCUUCCCAAACAACUGUGUCAAAAGGAAAAUUCCAAUCAGCACACCUAUAAAACUUCAUUAUCGACACCAGAUUUUUCUGUUCCUAAGGACUGGCAACAGGAGUUACAAGGUGCUGGAAUGUUUUAUGAUAACAUCAGCUCCGACUAUAAAAGGAAAACUGAUACCCAACAUAAAAUCAUGGAUGAUUUUACUACAAAGACAUUGAAAUUGACUCAACAACAUCUGAUGGCAAUGACCUAUCAAGCUCGGGGACGCAGGGAUGAAAAUAUUGACAAAUUCCAAGCCACUCUCGUAGAUGAGCUGGAAAAAAUUGAAAAAGACUCACAGGCUUUACAAGACUUGGAGAAAGAGCUUGUGGACACUGAGAAAAAGUUAGUUCAGAAGAUGAAGGCAUAUCACCAAAGUGAGCAAGAGAGGCUUCAUUUUUUGAAAACUUCACUGGAUAAAAGUUUUCUUGUCUUUAAUUCUGUUUAUGAAGACACUGCUUUUACAUCUGAGAUGUGUUUGAUGAAAGCAAACAUGAAAAUGCUACAAGACAAGCUACUUAAGGAGAUGCAUGAAGAGGAACUUCUCAACAUACGCAGAGGACUAGAGUCUUUAUUCAAGGCUCAUGAAAGAAAUGAUGCGUGAAAUCUGGCUGCUGUCAACACAUUUUAUCUGAUUAGCUUUUUGUCUAUAAAUGAAAAAAAUAAUAAAGUAGCCUUGCAAAUAU